AUGACGACGGCACACAGACCGACAUUUGACCCAGCAAAGGGCAAGACUUCCCAAAGCACAGGCUCUAUUCUUCACAAGCGGUUUUUGCCGUCUCACACAAAGCUCAAGGUUCGUGGAAAGGGCCAAGGAGGUGUGGCAGAUCGUUACGAUGAUGGUGAGCCACAGGAAAUGGACGAGCGAGAACGACUACGGGCUGCAUUACUAGCAAAAGAGGAAGGAUCUGGCCGAGCGACCAAACGAAAGGCAUUAGUGGUGCAUGGAGAAUCUUCUGUCGAUGAUAAUGAUAAUAAUGACGAUGAUGAAGACAAUAAAGAACAAGAUUUAGAGGAACAAGGAUUAGUUAAAAGGCGGCGUGUUUUAGAGGUCGAUCCCGAAGAUCGAGAUGACGAUGAUAGGGGUGACUCUGGAGGGUCUGGGAAGGAAGAAAAUAGUGAUGAUGACGAUGAUGAUGAUGACGAUGAUGAAGACGAAGAAGACGAAGAUUCUGAAGACGAAGCUGAAGAACUGCGGCGCGAGCUGCGCAAGAUUGAAGAAGAACGCGCUGAGCGCGCUAAAGCUGAAGAGGAGGCUGAACGAGAGCGUGAGAUUGCUGAAGGGAACCCGUUGUUACGUGAGGGUAGCAGUGGAACAGUCACUGUGCGCCGGAGAUGGUACAGUGAAGGCGUGUUUGCGGACCAAGCACGGGGUCUUGCUGUACGACCCGAGGACGCGCCGAAACAUGGGUUUGUAAACGAUGCUUUGCGGUCCGAUUUUCACCGGAAGUUUAUGGACAAGUAUAUUCGGUAA